UUUGAUAUUGCGACCCUUCAUGUGCACAGCAAAAACAAAGAUGGUAAAUCCAAGGAAAAGAAGAAAAAGAAAAGCAAGUUAGUUUCUGAAUCUCUUGCUAAUAAUGUGGAAGGCAAUCAAUUGGAUUCAGUUACUACUGUUGCAAAAAAUAAAGUAAAGGAUGAUGUUUCUGCUGAUGCCAAAGUUAUUAAUGGUUCCAAGACAGAGAAAAGAUCUAAGUCUAAAACAAAAAAGAAUGAUAAGAGAGAUGGUCAAGGUGAUGCCAUAGAGCAUAUUGGAGAUCCCAAUGAAAGUGUUCUUACAGAAGAGAACAUUGAAGAAUUAAACAAAGAAAUGAAACAUGAGGAGAAGAAAGAUUCUAAGAAAAGGAAAAGACCAAUUUCUGAAGAAAAUGGUCAACAGGUUGCAGAUAUUAAGGCUGAUGAUGAAGCCAAACGCAGAAAAAUAGAAAAUUUGAGUGGCAAUCAAUUACAGAAGACAUCUAAGGAGCAAUCCAAUGGGAACCUUGAGAAUGAUGGAGAGAAAUCUUCUGUACAGAGGUCUCAGAAGAAACAACAAAAGGGAUCAGUUGAGCAAAAACCAGUGAAGGCGGCAUUUCAGCGAGUACAAGUUGACAAGAUACAAUUUGCCGACGAGAGGCUUCAGGAUAACUCAUAUUGGGCAAAGGAUGGUGCUGAGAAUGGUUAUGGUGCUAAAGCAGCAGAAAUUCUUGAUCAAGUUAGAGGAAGGGAUUUUCGCCAUGAGAAAACCAAGAAGAAACGUGGAACAUAUCGGGGAGGACAUAUUGAUUUACAUUCCCACUCAGUAAAGUUUAAUUACUCUGAUGAUGAGUGAUUGGGAAGCCUAUAGAUUCAGAUUCCUUUUGCCACCGUUUUUUGGGUUUGUAGUUUGAACAAUGCAGGUGGUAUUUCUUUAUAUUGUAUUAUUGCCCUUAUUUCGUUUCCAUCAAACAAGUUGAUUUCACAUCUAUGAUUUUUGCUAUGUUCCCAAUGGAACAAAAAAUUUUGUAGCCGGAAAACCGAAGACAUGUAAUUGUCUGAAUUUGUGAUAUUAGAUACCAUGCAGUUUUAGUUCUCUGGCCGUGAAAUUUCAGUAAAUGCUGCUGAUGGAGAUCAUUA